GAGAACUUAUGGGGGAGAAAUCAAGCCGGUAGAGAUUUUGUAUUUUGUCAAAUCUAAUCUCCUGAAAGUAAAUCAGCUGUUGGAUUCAUGAUAUAAGGCAUGAAGUGGUUUUUUAGCAAUCGUUAUAUUUUAGUCUUCAUUUUUGAUUAGUUUACAACAUGCCAGAGUCUAAAGCUCAAUUUAAAUAUUAUUUUGAUUUUCUAUCACAACCAUCCCGAGCUCUUUACAUCAUAUUAAAACAAAGCGGCACUCCAUUUGAAGAGAAUCAAAUUAAUUUAUUGGAAGGUGGAAAUCAAACCAUCGAGUUUAAAAAUGAAGUUAAUCGCUUUCAGAAGGUGCCCGCGAUUGUUGAGGGAAAUUUCAAAUUGGCAGAGAGCAUAGCUAUUUUAAGAUAUUUUUCAAAUAAAAAUUACAUAGCUGAACAUUUUUAUCCCAAGGAUGUGCAAAAACGAGCACGUGUGGACGAAUUUCUUCAGUGGCAGCACAAUGGCAUACGUACUUCUUGCUCAUUAUAUUUUCGUUUUCUUUGGGUACAAGAUAAGUUUUUCGGUGCUCCUGCGGCACCAGGUAAAGUUGCAAAAUACAAGUCUGAAAUGGAACGAGAUUUAGGUGUGAUUGAGACAGUCUGGUUGAAAGAUACAAAAUUUAUAAAUGGCAAUGAGUUAACAGCUGCAGAUGUUUUCGGUGCUUGUGAAGUAGAACAAAUACGCACGACAGCUUACGAUGUAGGCGAGAAAUUCCCAAAGGUAGCGAAAUGGAUUGAAACAGUGCGCAAAGAACUUGAACCGCACUUUGAUUUCGCACAUCAAACAAUUUACAAAUAUGAAAAAGAAACGAAAUCAAAAUUAUAAAUACA